GCUCCCGCCCCUGUCCCCGCCCCGCUGCCAGCGCCGGAGAGGCAGCAGGCGGCGGCGGCAGCGCAAUAGAGCAAGUUUUGUCUCCGGCGAGGGGGUGGCCGGGUCCCACCGCGCUCGGCAGCGCCGGCAGCAUGGCCGCGGCGCCCCUGGGGCGGGCAGCAGCCCCCGCCGCGGCGGCAGCGCCCCGCUGAGCUCCCCGGGCAGCGGCAGCGGGAGCGGCCGCCUCCGCCGCCCAUCCGGGCCGCCAGCCCGUCCGCCGGAGAGCGGCGGUCCCCCGGCCCGGCCCGGCGCGGCACCAUGUGGGGCGGGCUGCACCCCCAGCCCGGCUUGCGCGGCUACAAGGCGGGCUCGGAUUAUUCCUCCGUGGGAUGGUUACCUGGUACUGAAUCCCUGUGGCAGUCCUCAGCGAUUUCAUCAAGCCAUCAAAACAAUCCUGUGAGAAGACACAGCAUAGCUUCUGACAGCGGGGACACUGGGAUUGGUACCUCCUGUUCUGACAGCGUGGAAGAUCAUUCAACUUCGAGUGGUACAUCAUCAUUUAAGCCCAGCCGAUCAUUGGUUUCUAUUCCCACUGCCCAUGUGAUGCUGUCUGGUGCCAGCUCUUCACUUUCCAAACACAGGGAAGCUUUCAAGUCUGAUGGCUCAAAAUGGAGUACAAGCUUUGUACGGUCAGGAGGAGGCAGAAAUCAGGGAGCCCUGGACAAUUCUCUUGACAUGAAAGAUGCAAGACCUGUAAGAAAAUGGUCCUCCUUGUCUAAACUCAGCUCACCAAAUAAUUUCAGCCAAGAUGGAAGUAGUCAUUCGGUGGAAUACAGGGCUGGUACAGACAAAGCUGUGCCACCUCAAUUAAGGACAAAUGGGCCAAGUUGUUUGCAUGACAGCAUGGAGCUGCUAAAAAUUGAGGACAAAGAAAUGGGGAAAAAACGAUCUUCUCUACUGGACUGCAAAUACAAAUUUGAAACGUGCAGCAAAGACGACUUUGUUUCAGAUUCCCCAAGUAGGAGACACGCCUUAGACUUGACCUACAGUGCCUUACCUGAGAGCAAACCUGCGGCAGGCGAAGCUUUCGGACAGAGAUACGUGACACUGGGACAGCAGGCUGUGAGCGGGGCUCCCAUACAGCCGGCUGUGAGGACUCAGAUGUGGCUCAAGGAGCAGCUACGGGCAAAUCCCUUGGACUGCAGGCCUGCUGAGGAGCCCUACGGUGUGCCUGCAUGGCACAUGCAGCAGCUUGAAGACUUUAGAGCAGCAGGUGACCAGCCUAUGCAGGUUUCACCUGGAACAUCUCGUUCAAGUUACCCAGCUACCAGCUAUCAGGACUCCAGCAACUGGGAAUCUCUAAUGAAAAUCAAAGAAGGGCUGCUAAGACAGAAGGAGUUUGUUAUUGAUAGGCAGAAUCAGCAAAUUAACAGUUUACAUCAGAAGAUAAGGGAGAAUGAGAUACGAGCUCAACAUGCAAGACUGAGCCAUCUUGUGAACUGCGAAGAACCGUACCUGACUAAUUUACAGCAACCCCAGUAUGAGAGCACAGCACUGCAACCUCACAUUUCAGAAAGAUCAGCAUCCCACCUCGAGGAGCUUGAGCGAAAGAUUGCAGCAGCUGAGAGCAAGGAAUUGCAACUCAGUGAAAUUGUGAAACAACUUUCAAACAAAUCUAGUGAGGAGAAAAAGAAGAUGGAGGAGAAACUUAAAACUAGAGACCGAUAUAUUAAUAGCCUGAAAAAGAAAUGCCAGAAAGAGUCUGAGCAAAACAAAGAAAAGCAAAGACGAAUUGAAACAUUAGAAAAAUACCUGGCUGACCUUCCAACACUGGAUGAUAUAGAAGGGCAGACUAAACAGCUUCAAAUUCUAGAAGAGAAGAACAAGCAACUUCAAGAAACCACGGCUGAGUUGGAAAAGAAGCUCGGAGAGGCCCGGUCACAGUGCAGAGAGAGAGAAUUACAGCUGGCAUCUCAGAAGAAAAAAGAAAAAGAGCUGGUCACAACAGUGCAGAGUUUACAACAGAAGGUAGAAAAAUGCCUGGAAGAUGGUAUUCGGCUUCCUAUGCUGGACACAAAACAGCUUCAGAGUGAGAAUGAAAGUCUCAAGGAGAAGAAUGAGAAAGCCAGUAAGAUUAUAGACAAUCAACAAAAUCAGAUAACUGGACUGAUUUUGGACAUGCAGUCUAUGCAAGAGAAGCUUUCACAAGAAAAGCUGAUAAUUCAGAAGAUGACAAAUGAGCUUGAGGAAAAAGAAAGACAUAUAGAGCAGCUGAAUAAAACUCUCUCUGAAAACCAAAGACUGAUGGAAGAGAAUGCCUGCCUGAAGGAGCAGAUGAGGCUGGUGGAGCAGUCCAGGCAGCCAGUAUCUGAGAAGAUGCCUGUAGCAGACCAGUUGUUCAAGGAAAUGUCCCACUGCUUGUUUGACUUGAAAGCACUGUGCAGUAUUCUUACCCAGAGAGCUCAGGGCAAGGAGCCUAACCUUUCCUUACUGCUGGGAAUCAGAUCACUGAGCUGCUCAUCUGAAGAGAGUGAAAAUUACCACAGCACAGAGACCCUUUCGAAGAAGCUGUCGGACGUUUGCCAGCUGCGGAAGGAUGUUGAUGAGCUAAGGACGAUCAUGUCAGACCGUUAUGCUCAGGACAUGGGGGACAACUGCAUCACUCAGUGACAGCACUCCAUCCUGCAGCAAACAACCUGCUAGGUCCUGCUGUGUCACAGGUCUUUGUAUUUCCAUUAAGGAGCCAUAUGGGAAGGCUGCAAAUAGCACCAGACACGCAUCUCCAUGUGUGUAAUGGAUCUCGGGAGUCUGGUGUGCAGGGGGCAGUCAUCAUGUGAACAGUGGUACAAACUGCAAGAAGUCUGUUCUCCAAACUACUGAAUGUAGGAACAAGCUGUGAAGAAUGAUUCAGUUGGACACUCUGUUUCCUUCAUUUGGGCUCAUUUUAUAGCUUUGCCUAGUUUUUGGAUCCAGAGCUUUGGAACAGCCAUGCUGCUACAACUCUCAGUCCUUUCCUUCAUCAAGGGUUUGUGUGGCAUUAUCUGAGUUCAGAUCUUAGGGGAGAGGGUUCAAGAACCUAUGCAUGUGUAUGUCUGGCUGUACAUGAUGAAGCCAGAGGCGUCUGCCACUGCACUUCACUCUGAGAAUUGCAAUUAGAACAAUCUUGGAACACUCAAAAAAUAAUUGCUCUCCAAGUUGUCAAAAAUUAGGAUAUAAGAAAGAUGUUUUUAGUAAUGGAUGUCUACUUUGUUUGUCCAGUAGCAGAAAAACCCCAUGUAUAAUUCUUUUAUGCAAACAAGUCCAUAAAUUAUAUCAGAUAGUUUGAAACACUCCCAUGUUGCUGUAAGAAGUUUCAAUAGUUCAAAGUCUGUGACAAACCAGAGAAGCUGUAAGACAUAAAACUGCAGCAUAUUCCAUGGCUAUAAGAAAAAAAUCUCAAAAACAACCAACAACUGUAUUUUAGUGUUUGUAUUUAUUUUUCCCCUUAGGUCCUUUCCAUUUCAAAAUGUUGCUGUAUUUUGUUCCUGAAGGUCUCUGAUAAAGGUUGUGCACCACCUCAGCCAUUUUUACCACGACUACAAAAAGGGUGUUUGACUCUUGGCAAAAUUAAGGCUCAAAACAGAAUGUUUCCAGUUAGCAGUAUGAAGUACUUGGUUUUCCGAGGACUGGAAAAUUUUCCACGUUGCUUGGAAAAUCUUGAUUUCGUCAUUUUUGUAGGAAGCAAUUACAUAAAAUAGUAAGCUCAUGUUCCAUAGCUUCUUCAAUGAGUGCCCCUUGGCAGGGCUCUUUAACUCCCAUGGAACAGAUGAUGUUUCCAGGAACAUCAGUGCAAGUUAGUUGCACAGUUACGCAUGGUGGGAAAUAGUAUUUAACUGAAGGAAACAAAAAACUUGCAAAGAGUAAAACCACGUCUAAAUCACACUGUCAAGAAAAAAUACAUGCAUCACUUACUUGUAUGGUAUUGCAAGAAAGUGUCAGAUGCCUUAGGGUGCAAGUCAGUCAACUGAUCUGGAGUGGGGAUAACAGCAGAAAUCUCUUGGAAAGCUAAGCAAUUCAAACCAAGUUAAUUCUAGGGUAACAUUUUUAUGGCAAAAGUGAAUAUCUUCAGUUUUCUGAUUUGGUGAUGUGUUUUUUUCUGUUCAUUGUUUAACAGUUACCGUUAAUGUUGUUUUUAUAAUUUAGUGGUUUAAUUGUUUUUAGCUGUAUGGAUUUAUUUAUUUGACAGUUUUCUCUGUCCUGAAAGUAGACUGGGACUAAUUUGUGAAAAGUAGUAUUGCUAUUUAUAUUACUGCUACAUGCUGUUAUCAGAUAGAUUAAUCUGACUGGUUCAGCUCCUGUGAGCAUUAAAACAGUGUCUAGAUAAAAUCACAAGUGAAGUUAUCUAGUGUCUACUUCAAGGAAAAAGCUAGGCCAUUUUAUUUUAAAUUUCUGUGCUUUUUCUGUAGGCACACUUCAGUCUCUCCAUCAGGGCAUAAUUUGCUCCAGUCUUCCUUGUCCUUCUCAGUGGUGCAGGUGGAGUUGAAAGUAUAAUUGUGCUUUUCUCAUUGAUAUGAUGAGUUCUGCUAUGAGUGGGGAAAAGAUGUUCUGAACUAAUCUGCGUUCUUAGACUGCAAACAAAUCAGUAGUUGUUGUCUAAAGGAAUGAUUUACUCUGGUAGCUCAUUAACAAUAUCAAUUCCACAUUAAUACGCACCUGCAUCAAAAGUGUACUUUUAUACUAGUGCAAAACUGAAAACAAGGAUCUUUGUACCAAUGGGCUUGCACGGUUUGCUGUGCCUGUGACACUGCUGGCUUUUGUGACUAAGGCUUCAGCUCGUUCCUCUGGUGUGGCUGGUUGGGUUUGUCCCUGCAGUGAAGUAGUCUUUAGUUUAUGGCAUCUGUCUCCUACCAGAACUCAACAAUAGGAUUUCAGAUAAUAAAUUAGAAAUAUUAGGAAGAGAGGAAACACACAAGUUACACAUUUUUGCUUCUUUAGAUGGCAGUGUUGUACCUAUUAAAAAAUCACCAAAGCCUACAUUAAUCUACAUUUGAUAGAAUUAACAAGGAGUUUAAUAGAGAAAUUACAGGGGAGCAGGAGAUCUUUUGAGUCACUUUGAACUAUUAAGCUUGUCACUUGGCUGGUAUUUCUCCACUGUCCCUCCUGCUAAAUUGUGAUACUGUACUGCAAAGUUUAUAUUUGCCAAGCACUUCAGAGCUUUUUUGCUCUUCAAGUAUUAGUUGAAAGUCCCUCUGGGAGGAGAUCCCAUUUUAUUCAUAAUACUUUUGAUUGCAGUGCUGUAAUCUUUUGUUCUAAUGGUUUUGUUACAGAAUCUGUAAUAUUUAUGUUGACUUGAAAGCACUUGAUUUGAAACCCCCUGAGUUUAUCUGCCUCAGUCAAAUUAAAGUGGGAGGUAAAUGAUGGAUGUGUGAGCCAAAGAAGCAAACUACCAAUUGAUUAUUUACAGCGAUACAGUACUUUGCUUUGAUUUCUUAAAAUUUGGCCUGUUGUAGUGGUAGCAAUUACUAUAUAUGCAUCAGUUUACAGAUGCCUCUAAAUGGAAUAAGCUUUGUCUAAGAUAUGCAUGACUGUUUAAUUGGUUAAAAUGUAGUGUGUGUGGUCUCAUUCAGCAUAUUUAAUACAGAGGUGAUUAACGAAUGUUAACAUUGGAAUUGCUUCGAUUUAGUCAUGACAACUUUUUGCUGUAGCUAUUAGACAAUCCCAAGGGCUGAAAACAACAGCAGAUGAAUGGAUACUGUACUGUUCUGGCUGUCAGCGAGCUGUACAGUAACAUUUUGUACAGUUUCAGGUAGAAUUUAUAUGAUCCUCUAGAAGAUACUUACAGUAACUACUGUAUUUAAGAAUGUAUUUUGAAAAAGACAUGAAAAGUAAUCGUCUUCUGACAAGCUAUAGAUGAUGUAUUCACUAUAUAGAAGUAUAUACUAUAUAGAAGUAAUGCAGCUCAGUCAUGUAAAUGUGAUUUAGGUUGCUGAACUCUGCUGUGCAGCUUUGUGGUGUGACAGGUGUGUGAAAUUGUGGAGAUUUGCUGUAACCACCCACUCAGGCUCCAGCAUUUGAAACUGACGGUGGUCAUGAAGUCAUUCAAGAGCUGAAAUUCCGUCCUUUUCACUUCAAAAGGUUUCCUUCCUUCCUUUGCCCUUGCUACCUGUCUUUUGUUCUCAUACAUUUUUUUUUUUUUCUUGGGAAGGAUAAGAGCGCAAGGAGAGGAAGAAAGCAAACCCUUUUCUCCAUGACCUGCUGCUGUAGCACGGGCAGUGACAGCAAGCUGCGGUCUCUCCAUCAGGGUAUGAUUUGCUCCAGUUUUCCUUGCCCUUCUCAGUGGUGUGAUGCAGGUGCAGUUGGAAGUACAAUUGUGCUCUUCUCAUUGGUAUGACAAGUUGUACCAUGAGUGGAGAAAAGAUCUGAACUAAUCUGCAUUCUUAGACUGCAAACAGCUCAAUGGUUGUUAUCUAAAGGGAUGAUUUAUUCCAGUAGCUCAUUAGCAAUAUUAAUUCCACAGCUGCAUACCUUUGUGCCUUUUUAGCCUGAAGUAAAUGUAUGUCCCUCUGGAACUUCAGAUAAGUUGUUAGCGUGCUGAUGACUGCACCUUGUUUUCUUCUCACCUGCCAUUACUUUGUUAAUAAGCUUUUGUAGUAGGAACUCCUGCAUAAUGUCUAGAAACAGAAAUACUGAAACUAGGUACUAGGUGUACACUUGGAAUGUUAGGCUGGUUGUUGUAUGCAGCUUCUUUGAAUAUGAUGUGUGAGCAGGAAACACAAGUCAUAAUGUGUUUUUUCUGUGUAUAUUAAUUACAGUAUAUCAUUAGUUCAGUGAGGAGGAGUGUCUGGAGCUCUCUUUUAAAAGCACAGCUGACAUAUGUACUGGAUCAGUCCCUGAAGACUGGUAGUUUUGUAAAUUGGGUUCAAUUUUUGAACUGCUCAGAAUACCUCAUAUGUAAAUAGAGUUGUCAUGACUUAAUCACAAUGUGUUCAUUGUAAAAAGUAACGGAGCCACUGGCUGGCUCAGCUUUAGGCUUGUUGUUCUUGCCUCUUUUUGUAAUUUUUUUUAAAGUAGGGUUUACAGCUAGAAUUUUGAAUGCCAAAGUUCUAUUUAUUAAAUAAUAAUAAAAGUUUUCAUUGUUAAUGACUGGUAUUUUUCCACUGGAAUUUGUUUGUUGAUGUUUGGGAUUUGUAUCCACAGAGCAGAAAUAAAUUUUGUUACAAAAGUGAA